AUAUAUUAAGAAAAAACGUAAAUAUUAGGAUUAACAACCUACGAGGAUCUUUCUUCUCUCCACCAUCGUUGUGUAGUGCGUGUCUCUCCGUAAAUUGCCUUCGACUGUGACAACACACCGAUCGCCAUGAACAUCUUCACCAAGAAACCCACGGCCAAAGAGGCUCUCCGUGAUAGUAAACGACAAAUGACAAACGCCACUAGAGGAAUAGAAAAGGAAAUUGGAGCUCUACAAUUGGAAGAAAAAAAGCUUGUUGCUGAGAUAAAGAGAACUGCUAAGACGGGAAAUGAGGCAGCAACUAAAAUUCUAGCUCGCCAGUUGAUCAGGCUUAGACAACAAAUUGCUAAUCUUCAAGGUAGUCGAGCUCAGAUGAGAGGCAUAGCAACUCACACACAGGCCAUGCAUGCACAUUCUUCUGUUGCUGUUGGCUUGAAAGGUGCUACUAAGGCAAUGGUAGCUAUGAAUAAGCAAAUGGAACCAGCAAAGCAAGCUAAAAUUAUACAAGACUUCCAGAAACAAUCAGCACAGAUGGAUAUGACUACUGAAAUGAUGUCAGAUGCCAUAGAUGAUGCCUUGGAUAAUGAUGAAGCUAAAGAGGAGACUGAAGAGCUGACAAACCAGGUGCUCGAUGAAAUUGGUGUAGAUGUUGCCUCACAGUUAUCAGCAGCUCCCAAAGGGAGAGUCGCAACAAAGAAUGCUGAAAAUGUUAGCAGCUCGGGCAUUGACGAACUUGAGAAGCGUUUGGCAGCUCUUAGAAACCCAUAAAUUUUGCAUGGGAUUGUGAUUCUGGAACUCAAAAGUUUUAAACUGAAAUUCUUUCCUGAAGUAUGUUUUCUUGGGAUUUCACAAGUUGAGUGUGUAUAUACAAUCUUGAAAUUAUUAUGUAUGAAUAAUGAUAUAUUAAAAUUUCUGAGAUGGCUAUUUACUUGUAGAAGUUGUCGUUGGGGAUAUAAGGAAAAACGUUAGUUUGACUCUAUUUGUAAGUGAAUUGCCAAGUCGGUUAAUGUUGUGGCUGGCCGAAGAAAGCUUUUACUUAUAGGUGCAGGUGCUUGUUAGGAAUGAAAUUAGGCAACACGGGAGAAUGAUAGUAGAUUGAACAUGUGUGGAUUCGUUGAUUCUCUGGAAGGGAAAUGCCAAACUUAGUUAAUUGCUCA